GAAAUAUUUAAGGUGAGUAUAAUACCGCGAACAAGUGCAGCGUUGGGAUUCACGCAGAUAAGUCCGCGAGAACGGAAACUGUUCACGAAAGAAGAUGUAGGUUAUGUCUUCAGUCACGAUAAUUUAUUCGAUCGAAUGUGUAUGACUCUGGGUGGAAGAGUCGCUGAAAGUGUCGUGUUCAAUAGGAUUACAACUGGUGCGCAGGAUGAUUUGGAGAAGGUAACAAAAUCAGCAUAUGCUCAAGUGAAAAUGUACGGAAUGAAUGAAAGAGUCGGUCCGUUGAGUUUCGCACCUGAUCCGGGCCUUGAAGUAGAUGCUGAACUCUAUAAGAAACCUUACAGUUCAAUGUUACAGAAUGCGAUUGAUCAGGUUUGUGGUUGUGUUUGA